UCAAUUUUACCAAUUGAUAGAAUUAAAUCCAUUCCUGAAAAAAUGGUGGGCUAGUCGAGAAAGUGGUUAGCGCCCAAACACACUUCUGUAGGUCGAUUUUUGUAUUCACUCAGGUCGCCUCCCGUCUGAAGCUGGUGCGCUCGAGUACAGGGAGUAAGCAGAAGCAGGGUAGUUGAUAAAAGAGGAGGAAGAAAUGGUUAGGUUGACGGCGGAUUUGAUAUGGAAAAGUCCUCACUUCUUCAAUGCUAUCAGAGAACGAGAAUUAGAUCUUAGAGGCAACAAGAUUGCAGUUAUAGAGAAUGUGGGUGCCACUGAGGAUCAAUUUGACACUAUUGACUUGUCGGACAAUGAGAUUGUUAAGCUUGAGAACUUUCCUUAUCUUAGUCGAUUGGGUACUUUGUUAAUAAACAACAAUAGGAUUACCCGUAUCAAUCCUGCUAUUGGAGAAUUUUUGCCAAAAUUGCAUAGUUUGGUUCUUACCAAUAACCGACUUGUUAAUCUGGUUGACAUUGAUCCUCUUGCAUCUCUUCCAAAAUUGCACUUCCUUACUCUACUUGAUAAUAAUGUCACAAAGAAACCAAACUAUCGCCUCUACGUCAUCCACAAACUGAAAACAUUGCGCUUGUUAGAUUUCAAGAAAGUGAAAUACAAGGAGCGAAUGGAGGCGCAAAGCCUAUUUGCAUCAAAAGAAGCUGAAGAAGAGGCUAAAAAGCAAUCUGUGAAGACAUUUGUUCCUGGUGAGGUUCCAAGCAGCAAAGAAGUUCCAAAGGAAGAGCAAAUACCUAAAGCGGUUGCCCCCACACCAGAGCAAAUUAUAGCCAUCAAGGCUGCCAUUGUGAAUUCCCAAACUCUUGAAGAGGUUGCAAGGCUUGAAAAGGCAUUGAAGUCAGGUCAGCUUCCUGCAGAUUUGAAGAUUGCAGAUAUUGAUGUCAUAACUGGCAAUGGAGAUGCCAAAUAUGACAAAAUGAUGGUCACGGAUGGUCAAAAUGAAGCUGAUGAGGAGCUGAAAGAUGCUGAGCCUGAACAGAAGACUGAUAACAGUGAACCAAUGGAACAGGAAGAAGGGGUGCCUGAUACUUCAAAUCCUGUUUAGAGCGUGCUUUUUUCUUCUUUCUUGGUGCAAUUUACCGAAUAUAGUAAAUAGAUUGCCGCAGGAUAUGCCAUGCAUCCCCAAAGCUGUUGGGUGUUGAAAUUUUUGUUUGGGCGCAGGAGGAAGAGAGGACUUUUGACUAAUUGUCCUUUUAUUUGUGUUGCUGCUAUCCCUGUAUAAUCGUGCGUGGCUAUCACAUUGGCAAAGGUCUAUGCUCCCCCUUGUGGAGAAGUCACUAGUUUAGAGUAGGGAUUGUGCUGGGCUGGCUGUAACUGGCAGAACCUGCUUUGAAGCAGUCGUUCUUUCUUGUUUGAAACAAAUGUCUGUUUAUAUUCUGCUUGAAUUGCAAAGCAUUCGAUAAUGUAGAGCAUUACGAGGCAUGCUCUUUUCAUGCAUUAGUGGGGUCAGUUAGUGUAGCUGAAAUGAGGAAUGGAGGGUUUUCCUUGCCCCUUUACCAUGGACAACGGUACUCAUCAAGGAUACAAGCAAUGCAAAUUUUCUUGAGCAGUCUCUUUGCUUCCAUCUCUCUGCAUUUUGGGACCUGGAAGACUGCUGCUGCCAAUGAACUAACCUUGUCCAUGCCAUUUAUUCUGAAUAAUUUGGUAUUUCUGGUAAAUUGAAGCUCUAGACUGUACUUCUGCCAAUGAACACAGGAAUUUCUGCUCCCAGUGAAACAUUGCUUUUGGUUUUGAAACAGCAUGUUCUGUAUUAUCAAUCCUUGGAAUGCUAUUUAUUGCCUUAUUUACCAGAAAA